AUGAACAUCUUGGACCCUGCAGUACCCAGCGUGAACUACUUGGAUGUACCCGGGACCUCCAGCUCUUCCUCACAAAAUAACCCGACCGCGAGUACAAGCACUGGCAAUUCGUCUUCCAGCGAACGUAACCACAACAGCAAUAACCAUAGCUCGUCGUCAAGACGUCGCUCACGAGGUCUAUCCCUGAGUUUGGUGGAUAUUGUUUCAUCCACCACCUCACGUAACAAACGAAACAGCACAUCGUCAAACCAUAGCGCUGCCCCUUCAGAUUCCGCUUCGUCAUCCUCUUCACCGCCCACCAGCAGCAGUAAUACUACAGCAACAGCAGCAGCAGCACAACCACCGACGACCACCACCACCACCACCACCAAUAAUGGCAGCAGUAGUAACAAUGCACAACAACAACUUUCACCACCUCCUUGCAUCACCAAGCCAAGUGAACUGACAAUUGAAAUUGACGGUGGCCAGCAACUGAUAAUUCGACCCAACCGAAUUAUGCGAGGUACUGUGGUUUUAAAAGCUACACGCGCAAUCCAUGCUACGCAAAUCCGAGUCAAGUUUCGGGCGGAAGAGGUGGCGACGGUCCGAGUGCGAGAAGCCACACUGGAAAGUAAGUUUGAAAGGAUCGACCAAUUAAAACGGACUUACUUUAAUGUCGAUACCAAAGUAUGGGGCAACGAUGCAAGUGCCUUUUCGAUAAAGACAUGGGAUACUCUGGAACCAGGAGAACACUGCUUCCCGUUUGCGCUCAAGUUUCCCAACGUCAACUUUCCGCCAUCGGUGGAUGACCCGCUUGGGUUUUCGAUUCAUUAUAUCUGGUCGGCCCAUGUGGAUGGUGCAGGAUUCCAUCCGGGGCUUCGCAGCCGAGACUAUGUCCUGCCUUAUCGUCCCAUCAUCUGCGCCCCGCCAGCCCAGGAAUGGACUGUCAGCGAAACGUUGUACAAAUCUGACAAAAGGGUCCCCAUGGCCCGAGUCGUUGCCAUGUUGCCUCAACACGUCUUUUGCCCAGAUGAACCAUUUCAAAUGCAUCUACACGUCGAAUGCAUCCCUCGCGACCUGAUUGUCGUUUACGCCAUGAUUUCAUUAGAAAAGCACUAUGAAGGCAAACUCCAGCUCCAACAAGGAACAGCCUACAAAUCCGCCUCGCGAAACAUCUUUCGAAGCAGUUUAAGCGUCACAGGCAACGACGGAACCGUCUCAAUGCCAAUCCGGUUCCAGAUGCCUACACGGCUCGUCAGCCCAUCGUUUGCAUCCAAAAACAUCCGCGUGUAUUAUACCCUAACGUUCCACAUCGAAUGUGAAAGUGCCGGUAAUGCUCUGAUCAACAGCAUGAAGCGACCCAAGUGGACAGGCCAGUUCUCGAUACCUAUGGCUAUCGCAAACUUACCUAACGAUCACCUGCUUCGCAUCCCCGAACUCACGAGUAUUCAGUCGUAUAUGCACUCGAACGAGCCGCCUAUGUUUUUUGAUCCUUCCAUGGACGAACCACUACCGCUCCACAAUGGUUAUGCCCAUUCUGAAACGCUUAUGACCACCCCACCUCCGCAGUCACCACCGAAUUAUUUCAGUUUGACGAGUAUGCCCCCUGCUCAGAAUGAGCGAACUGAAAAGAUGUCGUUUACGAGUAGGCUGAUCAGACCCGGAUUUGCUCCGGAGUUGGGUGAUCUGGCUACCAUGGCUGAAGUCUAUGACGAUGACUGGUAG